AUGAAAGACUUGAAUCUCAAAACGGGUGAAGUAAUACCGGCUGGAGCAAUACUUGUUGUGCCGGUUCAGUUGGUACAGAUGGAUGAUUCUAUUUGGGGGAGUGAUGCUAGCCGGUUCAAUCCAUAUCGUUUUCUGUCCAAGUCUGAAAAGAAAUCUGAUUUAGUUCAUACAAAAUCAUCUGCAGGGUCUGCAGAGGAACCUGUGGAUUCAGGAUGGAGAUCAUAUGUUUUACAAGACCCAAGUGAAAAUGCAGCAUUUCUUCCUUUUGGAUAUGGUGCACGAGCCUGUGUAGGUCAGAAGUUAGCAAUCUUUGGAGUCGCUGCAUUAUUUGCUUCUCUUCUUGAGAAAUAUGAGGUAAGGCUUCAGCCAGGAGGAUCCAAGGGUGAGCUGAAACCAAUGAUGAACAAUUGUGUGCUUCAGCUUCUUCCCAGUCCAAAAAUAAUUUUUGUGAAGAGGAACAGCUGA